UGGAUAAAUUUCUUUGCACCAUAUUUUAUUUUGAAUGUGCUACAUGUACUUGCUUAUUAUUACACAAGAUAAGAAAACGCUACUAAAAAAGAUUUGUACAAAGUAUGAGAGCUAUUGUCAAAUAAUCUUCAGUAGCCAAUAUAAAUUUAUUUGUUGGUGUUUUGUGUUAUGAAUGUACUAUAAAUGAAAUUUUACCUUGUUAACUUUAUGUUUAUACAAUAAGUUGGAGAUGGACACUAUUCAAAAGCUUGUUGAUUCAUGUAAAUAUGCACAAGCGAAAGAAAUAAUCAAAAAAGGUUUUAUGAAUAUCAAAGAACCAAUUGACGCUGUGUAUUUGAAGAUGGUUGCUAAUUUUUUAGAAAUCAAACAAACCUUUUUUCAGGAACUGGAACACAAAAAUUUACUACAACUUACGAACAUCCAAGCAAGUAUAGAAAACUAUACCACUUUGGGAAAAGAAAUAGCAGAUUUCAAAAUAAGUGAAGAGAUGCUGAAAAUAGAAUGUACCUGCUUAACGAAUCUAAUUUCACUCAUUAACGCAACAGACACAUGUGAAAAUCAAAACAAAACUCUUUUGCAUAUGUUGUACCAACAUUUGAAAAAACUUUGCAUCAUGUUUUGGAACAGCACAUCUGAUAUUCCAUGUUUAUUUGUUGACAAUGAAUGUAAUAAUUUAAAACGCACAGUCGAACUCCUGCAAUAUGUUUUAAAUCAAAUUGCUGGAACAUUCAGAGAUCAUUGGUUAAUCAUGCACUACUUUUCAUUGUCCAUCGAUAUUUUGUUCUGGUUGAUUAAAUCUCAUAAAUCAGUUGAUCUUCAAAGCUCUCUUAUCCAUUGUAUAACAUGUUUACUUCAUUUGAAAAGUGAUAUCUUUCAGAAUAAUGAUUGUGAGGGGCGUGGCUUGGAUUUUUGUUUUAACCGAAGAUCGUUUAAAGUUUUCAAACGAGAUUUUGCUUCUAUUAAGCUCUUGUGUAAGGUGGUUUCAAAGUAUAGCUUAAAUGGUGAGGAUGUUUACCAAAACAGCCAAACCAAGGACGUUUAUCACCAGAUUAAUAACUUGGCAUUCACCAUUGAAGGAAUUCGUCUAUUUCAAAAUUGCGAUUAUGCUGCAUGUUGUCAGCACAUCGAAGAAGUCUGUCAAUCCACUGUCGCUACAUCACAGCUUUCUGGGUUCCAGUUAACGUUGAUCAAAAACAUUAAAAAAAUUUCCCAAUUAAAACUGGGAAGAAGCGCGUCCUUCAGCGACUCUCCAUUAAGUUCUAUUGUUUUAAAGAACUUCGCGAAUCUUCUCAAUCAAGCUGGUCUGUGUUUUAUGCAAAAGGAAGACGACAGAAGCAUCGAGUUACUGUACAAGUUAUUAGAGAUGAUACAUAAAUUGAAUGAAAAGAUUUAUGUGGUGUCCAACUUUGAAUAUAACGUGGAUGAGUUUUUGAAAUGUCACACUGAACUUGGAGUUCGUCUACCCACAAAUCAUUGCAACUGGAUAUUUUUCGCGUACCUAAAUUUGCCUCCAUUGGCAUACAUAUUGAACAAGUUAUCGAUUUUGCUGUUUCGACAGAAAAGGUACGAAGAAUUGAACCAAAUCAUGAAGAAAUUUGUUUACGAAGUGGAAAAAAAUCCAACUUCCAACGGAGAAAGCGUCGAUUGUAUUUACAGAAUGUAUUGUAGCUCUUUAUUAAAAUCGUCUCGCUUCAACAAAGCGCAAGAACUAAUUGUUGAUAUGCAAGAAAAAGGAUAUUUUUGGGCGUGGCAUCUGCUAUAUCUAGCUGAAGUAUUGAGACAACAGAAGAAUUAUAAGGAGAGUAUAGAACAGUUACAAAGACUACUUAACGAGCUUGACAAAAAGGACAAUGUUGUGAAAGAUGAAAAUAAUAAUGGUUGUACAUGGAGUCUAUUGGAUGUUGUCAACUUUAAAGAAAUUAAAACGUAUCAUGCUUACAACAACAUGGCGGUUGCUUGCAUUGAACAAGGUGUGGUUGACGACGCAUUGAUGUAUUUAAAGAUGGCUAUACAGGAAUGUCGCAAGUUAAGAACGGAUGUCAUUACGGAAGUGGUUUACAACUAUUGCAAAUGGUUGCACGAAAACAAAGCAGAGAAUAUUGCAGUUAUGAACUGGAACGCUUUUUAUAAUACGAAAUCCGUCACGAAUUUUAAUGAGACUUACAAGAUAUUUCUUUGACAAUAUUGGAGAAAACCUUGCACAUACCACGACAAACGCGCUUUGAGAAACAAUCCCUUUUUUGUCUCGAAAUCCAAGAGAUUUUUUUGUCCAAUUUAUCAGUAAUAUUUAGUAAAAAAAUAGAUGUGAAAGGAAACCAUGGAAGUCCUGCUCUACACCGCGACAAAACUGCAGAAAUAACUUGAAUAAGCGAGACUUCCAAAGAAAAAGUUGCUAGCUAAACUUGAAAAAGAAAGACGUUAAAAAAUGCUCUGGGAAUUGAACUAGCUAAAGAAACAACAUAGACAUGUAAAUAAUCUUUUUAGCAAAAAAAAAAACCCAGCUAUUUAAAA